AUGAUAAGGCAGGUCGACUAUUCAAAAAAUUCUCUCAUUCAAUCCGAAUAUGAUGCCUACAAUCUUAUUGACACAUCGCUGGAGAAGAUGCUUACCCCCUCAAAACAACUAGAUGAAAAUGUAUGGAUUUCAAAAGCAAAACUCCAAGAAACUCCUUGUGUUCCGCCAAACAUUGAUUGGCCAACUAACGAAGAAUUCACUCCUGAACUUGGUGCUGAAAAGAUAAAGCUCUAUAUGAAGAGUUGGGAUCUGACUUGUGGAUGGGUGUACGCAAUAAAAAUGCUUCCACCAAAAGAAAAACGAUUUUGGACUGAGUAUUACUAUGAAGCGCGCUUCAGUAUUCCAACUCGCCGCCAACCGAUUCCGAAGUACACAGUCUCGGUGUUUUUUACCCUCCGCAGAGCUCGCUGCAAACCAAGAAAAACCCCAAUUGACGUGUGUUAUGUUGUUGAAUCCUUAAGCCAAAAGAACAGGCCAGGAGAACACGCUUUUAAUGAGGAAUGGUUGAAGAUGGUUCUGGAAUACAAGGCAAAGCUAGGCGAACGACUUCGCUUUUAA